GCCAACCGGCGGAUAGCUUUGGCAUGAGAGUCUCCAACUACGAAGUGGAUAAUGUGGUGUUGGGGAAGGGUGCCUUUGGCGUAGUCUCGCUGGGCAAGCACAUGGUAAGCAACCAGAAGGUGGCGAUCAAGGCUGUCGAGACGAAGCUGUUGAACGCGGAGCAGAAACGGACCCUGGAGAUUGAGGUGGAGGCGCUGGCCCGAGUCGCGCAUCCCAACGUAGUGGCGCUGCUCGACGUGGUGCGGACGCCUGACACCGAAUUUCUCAUCCUAGAGUACUGCGACGCAGGCGACGUGUUCGACUACCUCUCUGUCCACGGCUGCCUCAAAGAGGGUAUGGCGGCCAAGGUGUUUGCGCAGCUAGCGUCGGGCCUGGCAGCCUGCCACGCUUCCGGCGUGGCGCACCGCGACCUCAAGCUCGAAAACGUCCUGCUCUCCGGCCAUGAUCUUAAUGUCAAGAUCAAUGACUUUGGACUCGCUUGCCUGUUCUGUGACGGGCAGCGGGUGACCGAGAAGUGUGGAACGCCUGGGUACGCGCCGCCUGAGGUGGUCUCGCUGCCGGACCUGCCCGAAGCGCGGGCCAUGCACGGAUACGACCCGCGGCUGGCGGAUGUGUGGUCACUCGGUGUUGUCCUGUUUGCAAUGCUUGUGGGCGCGCUGCCGUUUGGCGACUCGCUCGCGCCGCACGACGUUGCGUCACUGAUGGACGCCGACCGAGUCAUUGUGGAGAUCCUUGAGGACCUUGACUUUGUGCCGGUUCCGGCGGCCUCGCUCCUCCGCGGCAUCUUGCACAAGGAACCCGAGGCACGGCUCAAUCUCUCGCAGAUUCUUGCGCACCCAUGGGUGACCCCGCACGUGCCCGACACGCCGAAGCCACAGAGCUCGGUGGGCCGCCUCCGGGCGGCAACGUCGCUCUCCGACUUUAGUGAGCUUAUUCUCCUUGGCAAGCAUGCCAGUGCGUCGUCGCCGCUUGCGAUGCCGUCAAACAGCCGCUCUGGGCCAGGAAACGGCCGCUUCGGGCCGCCGACGCUCACGCCGUCGCCGCAAUCGAUCCAGCUCCGCCAGCAAAUGCUGGCGCGGCGGCGGCGGCAGCGAUCGUCAUCGCUGACUGGCUCGGCCUCGCUCAUCAAGCGCAUCAACUCGGGGUCGGGCAUGCGGCCGCCAUCGUCAGUCUUUGUGGGCGCGCGUGCUACCUCGCCGCGCGAUGGCAACACGACGGGCGCGACUGGUCAAUCGCCCAUAUUUGUCUUUUCUCGCCAGGACUCGGGCACCUCGUUUGAAUCCGAGUCGUCGAUGGGAAUGUUCGGCUCGCCCAUCUCGGUCCUAGUGCCGUCGGCUUCUGUCGACUCGGAAAACGUUUCUGUUGGCUCGACUGACGAGCUCAACAACAUCCUUGACGACGUUUUUGGCCAGAUGGGCCACGGCCGCAUCGAGUCUCCGAUCUUCUCCAACGAAAGCACACAUCACUCGCCGGCCAUGCCCUUCCCGCACCUCCAGCAGCCGGCCUUGCUCCCGAUGCCGUCGGGCGGAUCGCCUUCUGGGCGCUCUGCGCGGCGGCGGUCAAUCGCCGUCCACCCGACCCUCGAAUCUAACUUUAACAAUGUCGGCUCGCCGGUCUACCGUGGCGUAGCGCCUGCGCUGAUGGGGAUCCGCGACAAUAGCCCGCCUGCUGGCGUCUUUAAGUCACCGUCGGACGCCUUGCAGGCCAUUCCAGACGAGUCCGCCAUGGCCGAGUGGAGCGCGCUGGCUGGUAUGGUGAGUGGGGUGCGGUCGAUCCGCUCGAGCUCGGCAUCGUCCCAUUCGACCCAGAGCUCGUUUUCGUCAACCGGGAGCCGAUCGCAUUGCAGCUCGUCAAGCACGCCGUCGUACUCGGACUCGGAGUCCGCGUCGGACUCUGCCGACACUGCACACGAGCGGCCCGACUCUGACGACGACAACGACGCCGCCGGUGUCUUCGAGGCCGACAUCUCUGGCCUCAUGCAUCAGAUGUCCGGCGACCAGAUUGCGAACAACAGCUGUGGCAAGCCGAGCAAGUACGCCAUGCCGCCGGCUAGCUUCAACACCACCAUGGAGGAGGUCAACUUGGUGCUCUCGGCGGCGCUCGGCGAGUCAACAAAGCUGUCGCCGCGGUCGCCGCGGCCUCGGCUCACGCCGCGCAACAACGGCGAGCCGUUGCUCACGUCUCGGAGCUCCAAGAGCUCGGGCCGGAACACGCCAAAGGUGGUGGUCGGCUCGCCAGUCCUUGCGGGCGUCCACAUCUCGACGCCAUCAUCGAACCCGCUCAACAUGUCGUUUUCGGCUGUGAACCUGCAUGAGACGUCAGCAGCGGCCGACGAGGCACUCCGGGCUCCACGCGCUCCACGGUUUGCCAUGGCGGCGUCGACCACCUCGUCUCGCACCCCGAUUGAUCUGCUCAAGUAUGUGGGCAGCAAACUUGCCGAGCUCUCGUCCGAGUACGUAGUGGAGCACUUGCAGUGGACCUUUUCCUGCUAUCACAUCUCGUCCGAGCUGGGUCAGUUGCUCUCCGGCGAGGCGAGCUCGUCGCCGGCGCAGACCUCGCUUGACAACAUCAUGUCGCCGUCGUCGCUGAUGAGCCCGGUCUCAGCCACGCCUCUUGCGUUCACCAUCGAGAUCUGCCUUGUGCGCAAUCUGGCACUCUCCGGUCUCAAGUUCCGCCGGCUACAGGGCUCACCGUGGGAGUACAAGCGCCGGCUGGGAGAGCUUCUAGAGCACGUCGGCCUUGCCAACGAGGGCAGCGCUGCUACGCCGUCCGGAUAAAAGAACACUUG